AGAGCGGGGCUCACGGGGAAGAGAUGAUUGGGCUGUGUUGCUUGUUUGUUUGGCUUUUUUUUUAGGCUAGGAGCUGGACUGGCUUGAAGAGAAGAGGGUUUGGGUGAACGAGUAGCAUCCUGCUCUGUUUGAUCACAGCUGAAAGCCCCUGGAAUUGCAGCUCGCGUGCCUGCUGCGCUCUAGGCAUGGUGCAAAAGUCCGGAGGGGCCAUGGGGAAAAGCGUGCAUGCGUAACCGUGUGCCCCAGCAGUGCAAAGGGGCAGAAGAACCUUGAUACUGCGAUAACUCUUGCUUUGCUGAGGUUGGAGGAUGUAGGGCAGCGCGUGCUGCAGCAUGAGGAAUGAGUGAGGUGUGUGUGCCUGCGAGCGCGCUCCUCCCCGGCAGGCAGGAACCGGGGAGGUUCCUCCGUCCCAAGGAGGGCUCGGGCCUCUCUGAGCAGCUGCCGAGCGUUCCUCUUUCAACCCAGGAUCAGUAAACGUAGCUCAAGCCUAGGGGAGGCAGGCAGAGAAAGAAUGUAUUGCUCUGGGAGGUGCAUCUGGAAAGAGGGCUGCAGAGAAAUGUCCAGGAGCAGAACUUGGGAAGUGGUGGGUUCUCAAUGCAGCGCUAGCAGCAGCAGUUCUUGGUUUUUGGGUUUGACUGUGCUGAGCCGCUGCUUGGUGUGUCUGCCUGUUAGGCAGUGAUUGCGUUUGAAGCUGCGUGCGUGUAUGGGGCAGUGUGAGGGCUUGUGUACGGAGUUGGGUCUGGAGGGGCUGGCCAAGCCCAGCUUGUUAUCUUCCGUUCAGAGGUACCUCUGCUGCUCGGUGCCCUGGGGACUCUGCAGGUGCUAGCUUGGUAAGGAAGUAGUGCGUCUGAAGAGUGGCCUUUAGAAACACUGAGGUGAAACUGAAGACGGUUGUGUUUCCUCUUGUUCUCCUUCAUGUUGCUGAAUGGUUUCCUGAUGCUUGCCAGUAUGAUAUCCAGACUCAGACCUCAGCUGCGGUAGGUAGAGCCCGCUACCCCGUUUGCUCAGAGAAGCUCUGCGUUGCCGUAGAGUCUCUGCUGUCUCUCUUAUUCCCCUCCGCGCUUCACGGCGGGUCGUGGCUCAGGAAGUCAUUGGCAACCAGAAGCUGGCUCCAUCUCACUGUACAGAGGAGCCAGGUGUGCUUGUUCAAGAAGCUGGAGGGACUAAUCCUGAGCCUUCUGCAUGGAGAGGGUCGGGAUGCAGAGCUCACACUGUAGUAUUUGCCGGGCCACUUGUUUGGCUUGUAUCUCACCUCUGGCUACAGCCGGGUUAUGAAGCUCCGAAGCAGCAGCCAUAGCUUUCUUCCAGUGUGGGUUUUCAAAACCGCCCUUUGCCAACAGCUGUGGCCAGUGGCUCUUACUCUUUUGGCAGCUUGGUACAGCAACCGUCACAGUAGGGCUCUUUUUGGCUGGGCAAAGCUAGCAGGCGUGUUGUCUCCAUCAGCAGCUGAGUGACCGUAGGGCUUUGAACGACUGCCUAAAUUGUGCUGCCCUGUCUGGGACUGCCAGGACUUUCUACAGUAAUUUUUUUUAAUCUCGUAGCUAGUUUUGAAAGUUGGCACUGAUUUCUUGAGCCACUUUCAAGAGAGUGGGGUUGGGUCAAUUGUACUAUACGUGUGAACUAUAUUUUGAGCAAGUUCCCCUUAAUCCCAUCGCAUCUGAUGUAUUCGUGCUGGUGGCACCCUGCAGACCUUCUUAUUCCUUACCCUUCGUUUAAAGACCCUGGGAGUCCUUGGCUGCCCUCCCUGUGCCAGCCUCCUGUUAGAGACAAAAGGAGCGUGUUUCAGCAGAAGACGUGAAUGGCUUGUUACGAAUGGGAGAGGAUAAAGCGCUGGCUUGUUGAUCUGUUAUCGGCUAUCCAGACUCCUGGGUCAGGAUGGGUUUCAAGCUAGGCCUGUGCUACAGAAACUCUCUCUAGUACUGUAGCAUUUCCAGCAGAAGAAAUAUAAUUCCUAAAGGAGGAGGAGGCAGGGCAAGUGUUUGAGGUCUAUGCAACUACUUCUAGUCAGCCCAGAAGCAGCGUUGAGUAUUGAAUGGGCUUUGAGUAUCAGAGCCUCGCGUUCUCCCAGCAGGGUGGAUUGCCAAUGUAAGGCUUUUUGGAUGGUAUCCCUUUGCUUUUUCAGAGUGUAGCUGGAGACGUGUGAUGGGUGAGCAGGAAACUUUCUUGAGGUUUGCUCCAGAGAUACUGACCUUCAUUCAGGUGUGACCUGGAGCACCAGUUUGUGGUGACUGUGCAGUUUGGCAGGCCAGAAGGUAGCUAGGCUGUAGUGGAGACAAAGAGCUGAAAUUGCUACCUGCUUUGAAGUAGGGAAUGGCUUCUGAGAUCAGGUAGCCUGAACUCCUGUGCUAACUGGCAGUGUCAGCUUACAGCCCUGGAGCUAGUCAACGUGCUUGAGUCUUAACUGGUGUUAAUGCCCUCCUGAGAGGGGGCUUGGUUUUGCAUGUUGAAGCUGUUUUAUACUUUGGCUUGUGAGCUUCACUUGCCACAAAUGCCUCGAUGUGCCUCAAAUUGGUAGAGAGUCAAGUUGCCUGCGAUGACACAUUUCGCUAAUGUUCUUGCGGCUCGUUCAUUCCUUGCUCUUGUUGUUGACGAGAGCAAGGCGCUUUCAGGAUUUCACAGCCUUGAAAUAAGGUGGUGUAAAACUGGCAGUUACCUCUUAACAGAUUUGGAGCGGAAAAGAACCAUAUUGUUGCCUGGGUUUCUCCUUUUGUUGGAGAAUUUAAUGGUAACUGCUGGUGGAAGUGCUGACUUUUCACGCUCUGGCAUUGUGGAAUUUUGUUGGGCUAAUUAGGCAAUGUUUUAACAAAGGUUAGUUCAAGGUGCCUGAUGCAGCAACUGUUGUGGUUCAGGGACCUCUUUGCUGCUUCCAGUUUCUUGAGUUCCCUCACGCUGAGGAGGUCUGUCUUAUUUGAGCUGGGCUUUCAGUUUGGGGGAGUGCUGCUCUUGUACUGGGUGGGACAAGAGGUGCCUUGCAAUCACCCUCGGUGACAGUUCUCUCUGCUGCCAGGAGGCUGCGUGUUGGUGGGACAUUUCCUGCUAGUUCAGGCGACAUGGUCUUGUUCCUGUCCGCGUGGAGAAGUGCUUUGGGCUAGUGCGAUGUCUGCCCGAGCCUGUGGUUGAGCGUGGGCGCUUUGCUUCUCUGAGAUCUCCUCUCUUCCUUUCCUCUCCCACUUGCCCUAGUCUGGCAGCACGUUUAGUAGGUAGAGAAUUGGAUAUUUGCUUGGCCGCCAUUAAAAGACAGACAAAUCUUCAAGUCCCUCUGGUCACGGGUACGUUGUGCAGCGGCUCGAGUCUCUGCCAUGGUCUUCGUUAAACUUAAUGCAUUAAAAUCAUGCUAGCAGAUGCUGUCUGCUGCUUUGCAGUAAUCGUGGUUGAGUGGAGAGAGAAGCUUUCCUUGCCUGUACUAAGAAUUCCAGGUGCGUUGCUGGCCCCCGUUAGUGCAGUAUAGACCUGGCGUUUACAGUGAGUCAGUGCUGCAGUGGCUGGUGGCUGAUGGGGUGGGUUACUGGCCCUCUUAGCGAGGGAAGGGCUCUCUGGUGAGUUCAGAGCCAACUUCAGGGUUAACUAAUGGCUGUGCUUGCUAUGGAGCUCGAGUACGUGCCUUGCAGCUGCCUGCUGCGUUCUGACGGGCGGAUGGGGAAUGAUGCUCUUUUGGUCUGCGCUGGGUGUUUAUCUAGCGCGACUCUUUUUUUUUUAAAACAUUACCGAGAAGCAGAAUUCCCUGUAUUUGACGUUGCUGCCCAGGUUUCCCGGUGUUGUCAGUCCUUGAGGCAGCGCAGUACAGCUUCGCCUCCUGUGUGUAGCAAAAGUUAAAAAGGAAACCAACUCCAUUAUCUAAAAUCAAUAGUUGGGUUCUGCCGAGCUGCAAGAGACUUUGGUAUCUCUACAUUUAGUUUCAGUCUAUGUGAAGCUUCUCCCCCCCAGGCCUGGGUGUUGAUAUUUAAAUGUUGCAUCACUGAAAUUGCUUUUUUUGGAAGCAAUUUAUAGCACAGAGCUGUUUGGAGUAAUCGGAGGGAGAGGGGAAGGGGGCAGUGCAGGCUCAGGCACCAGUUGGGCAAAUGGAUCUGCACAGGCCUAUCUGGGCUGUAGCAGACGUUUGUUUCUACAGAUCAGUUGCCAGGUUGGUACCGAAGUCUUGUAAAUGAGUUGCUUUGCCCAGUAUUGAUGACCUGACCUUCUGAUAUUUUUUUUAAUAAGUUUCCCUGCUACCGUACGUGUGAAGUAUCACAAAGCUAGUCUGGAUGGCUGGGUAAGACUUGCCUUAGAAGGUGUUAACGGGACAUUUAAAAUCAUUGCUUUAGGAUGAGUGAAGUCGUCGUGUUCCUGAACUGUGCAAAGUGCCGGUCUCUAAGGUAGUUGCCUCAGAUAUUACUGAAUAGGUGGGCAGUUGACCCUAAAAUCCUUAUUUUUCUAGAACUCCAGGGGUUCCUCGGUUGGCUCUUUGUGCCUUAUGAAUCCUGUCCAUGGUAUUUGUAAGUGGCGGUGUCCACGUAUGGGCACUUGUAGUAUGGACGUUUUUGUAGUGCUACAGGGCUGUGCUCUUCUGAUGCAGCAAUGUUCAGGUCCUGGUCACGCUUUACUUAUCCAUGGUUUUCAGCAUCGUUUGGAGACGGCUGUAGAACUUAAGGGCGGGAAGAGGAAUUGUAAGAGUUUGGUGGAGAUGGAGUUGUAAAGUGGAAGAUUCAAUUUCUGUGAAUUAUUUCUUGCUCUCGCCCUGCUGCAGUUGUGAGCUUGCUGGAAAUGAGAAAUCAUAGAAGUCUGUCAAUGGCCAUAAAACAUUGGCAUAAGUGUAGUUGUUUUGGUAACAGCAAAAUGCCAGCAAUUCUCUUUUCCAUGUGGUUUAAUGAGUAGGAACAAAACCUGUUACUAGAUUAUAAGGCUAGUUGAUAUUAGUCCAGAAAUGUAAUUUUGUGUGCACACGUGUGGCUGUUGAUGCAUGCUGGUGGUGGUCUGGGAACAAAACCCUCAAAUGGGUGCAAGAUGCUUAAAAUCGAAACACUUCUGAACGUUUUAAUGGAAUGCUAUAUAUCCAGAUGGGUUUUUCUCACUGUUUUUCUUGUGAGCAAACUUACAGUAUUAGAUAUUUGUUCACAGCUGUGUGACCCAAUGAAGUCGCUAGGGUUGUUCAGAUAGAAAGGAGAGAAGCAUUUGGUGUUCCCUGUGGAAAGAUCAGGGCACACCCAUCUGUUCUGUGUUCAAACGGGUCUUUAUUGCAUGGCGAUAGGAGGCUGGAGCUCGGAUUUCUUCUCCCUGUAGGUUGGCUGAAUUGCGUCCUAUUCAGUGCAAUCCCUCCUGAAAGGUGGGAGCCCUUGCUUGGAGCCAGUUUUAUCUGAAGCUUUGUCUGGGCUUCUCAGGAGGCUGCUUAUAGAGUGCGGUGGCUAAAGCACAAAACACAAAAUGUGGUUAAGGUUUUGGCUCAAGCGCUUGUUAGAAGGUUGGGGAGUAAGGAGGCCGUCAAAGAGGAACGGUGUCAGCCCUGUCAAAUCCUGCUUGUGGUGGAAGUGGGGUGUUCUUCUAGAUGGGGGCGGUCCUGGCCCUUGCUGUGAUGGCAAGGGGGGAGCAGAACUGCUCUCUGAGCUCGGGCAGAUCUCUGGUACAGUCACUUGCCUGGCUGAAGUGGGACCGCUUCCUUUGGAUAGCGCAGCCAAGUUUCAAUAUUUAAAUUGGAGUAACCUUGUCUGGCCCAGAACAGUCCUACAGACUGAUGCAUCUGAUGUUGAACUCGUCAGUGCUGGCAUGAGCCUGUGCAAGGGACUGCAGACAGCCGAGAGACCUUUGCCAGAAGCUGUGGCACAGCGGGGAGCUGCUAUUACGUUCAGCUCUGUUCUCGCGCUCUCUUCUGAAGUGGAAGUGAGUUUCUGGUACCCUCUGAAACGGGAUUCUGGUACCUUGCCGGGUUCUGUGAAUCAAGGUUUGAGCAGGCUGACUUGCUUCAGUAACGCACCUUUGUGUGAGAUUGGAGCCUCGCUAGACCUCAGAAUUCGGUUUUAUUUGAAACAGCUCAUGAUCAGCAUCUGCUGUACAAAAAUACCGCUGCAGCUGGGUGGCCUAUAAAUAGGAUUUCUGACUUAGUCCACUAUUUAAAUCUAGAAAACUUUUUCUGUUGCAAGGCCUUCUCUUGCAACCUGGCUUCUAGAGGAAAGGUCUGCUAGUGAGACCGGUUCCAGUUCUCACCUCAGCCAUGGAUCAAGUCCUGGGGGACCGAGGCUCAGUGCCUCGGUUACUAGCGUUUUCUCUGCAUAGAUUUGUGUGAAGCGCUUUACAAUUGUAGUAGGGAAGGUGCUGAAAGGAGUGGUUGAUCUAGUGUGAUGAGAGCACAGGGCUAGCUGCAGUGUUGUUUAAAACUGAUGCUUUGGAAAGGAAACUUCACAGGUAUUGCAGGUCAUCUGGAGUCCUCAUCAGAGGUGAAUUUUUAGCCAUUUCCAUCCAUCUCAAUGGCUCCAAGUUUAGCUUGCCUACCCCUCACCUGCCUUCAGAAAUGCUUUGGGGCGAUGGUAUCCGUCUCCAAACUCGGAGCAUGAGGGCAUUUAAUGUGCUUGCUCUAAGCACAACUUGUAAUUGUGCAGAGAUCUAACCUGUUUGUCUAAGGCAUUUGGCAAUGUCUGAUCUAGAGAAGUAGUGUGGUGUCUGUUGUGAAAGAGCUUCUUGGCUACGGUUACCAUACUUGCUUGGGGUUUUUCUUUCCAAAGACUUGAUUAAUUACCUAGUUAGAGAUUUGCUUAGUAGCAGGACUGAGACCUAGCUUUACUGGUUGACUGUCUCCUUAAGCCAGAACACUGCUCUAGGAAUUGAAUAAACAUGCAGUGUUCAGCUGUCUCUGACUUCUGGAAAUAAUGGUGAAGGCUCUUCCAGUUUGAAAAAAUGAAACGACGUUUUCUUCUUCUGGCAUGCACUGGGUCUCCCCAUCUCUAUUCACGAUGUUUCUUUAUUUCCAAUAGGAAACACAGACUGACAAGAACUCAAAGUGCCUUUUCCCCGGUUGUUUUCAGCCCCCUCUUUACAGGUGAAACGGUGUCACUAGUGGAUGUGGACAUCUCUCAGCGAGGACUGACCUCCCCUCACCCUCCGACUCCUCCACCUCCACCACGAAGAAGCCUCAGCCUGCUAGAUGAUAUCAGUGGGACGCUGCCUACAUCUGUCCUAGUGGGUCCGAUGGGGUCCUCCCUGCAGUCUUUCCCUCUGCCUCCGCCUCCUCCACCCCAUGCCCCAGACACGUUCCCACGGAUUGUCCCUCUCAGGCCGGUAGAGGCGGUGCCCAGCCAGCCCACUCCACACCUGCAGUGUCCGCUCUACCGCCCAGACUCGAGCAGCUUCGCCGCUAGCUUGCGAGAACUGGAAAAGUGUGGCUGGUACUGGGGGCCAAUGAACUGGGAGGAUGCAGAGAUGAAGCUGAAGGGGAAGCCAGAUGGGUCCUUUCUGGUCCGAGACAGUUCUGACCCCCGUUACAUCCUGAGCCUGAGCUUUCGGUCACAGGGCAUCACCCAUCACACCAGAAUGGAGCACUACAGAGGAACCUUCAGUCUGUGGUGCCAUCCCAAAUUUGAAGACCGCUGCCAGUCUGUGGUGGAGUUCAUAAAGCGAGCAAUCAUGCACUCAAAAAAUGGGAAGUUUCUUUACUUUCUUCGAUCCAGGGUUCCAGGUCUCCCUCCAACACCUGUCCAGCUCCUGUAUCCAGUCUCCAGGUUCAGCAAUGUCAAAUCCCUUCAGCACCUUUGUCGCUUCCGGAUCAGGCAGUUGGUCCGCAUAGACCACAUCCCAGAACUCCCACUGCCCAAGCCUCUGAUCUCCUACAUUCGGAAGUUCUAUUAUUAUGACCCCCAGGAAGAGGUGUAUCUGUCCCUGAAGGAAGCUCAGCUGAUCUCCAAACAGAAGCAGGAGAGCGAAUCCUCGACGUAGCAAGGCUGCCUCUCCCAUCUUGUUGCUGUCACUGAUGGAAUUUGAUUGUUCCCAUCCUGUAGCCCAAAUCAGGCUGUGGUGGGAACAAAGCACACGAAAGUGAAGCCUGCUUCUGUGGUGUGACUUCUGCUCUCAAGCUCUUUUGUAUACAGAAGAGGGUUCAAGGCUCCUACGAAGCACAGCAGAACAGGAAGAAGAGCCUCAGCUCCUGGCUAAGGGAGAGGGAGUCUCAGGAGACAGCUGAGCCCAGCUCAUGGACUCCUUACAGAACAAAGAAUGUCAUGGCACUAUUUACGAUUUUUUGAAAGUUUUAUUUUUGAUGUUUUCAUUUUUUUUUUUCAGCAUGAAGAAAUAUUGUCUUAUCAGCUGGAUUUUAUUAUCCUCCCUUGGAAACUUCAAGGUGGGAGGAAGAGAGAGAGAGAGAAGGGGACUCUCUAGGAAGAUCAUCUGCUCUAGGCAUUAUGGUAAGGCUGUUCUUUGGCUCUCACCAAAAGGGAUGCAGCCAGAGAGCUGCUUAAGAGGCAGACUGAGCCAGAUUCAUGUGCAGCUAUGUAGAAUAACCUCUGGGGAAUAUGGAGCCCUGAACAGUGUACAGCUGUGUAGCUGCCCCGCUUUCUAGGAUUUGGGAGAUGAGGGCCAAAUAGAGUCCUGGGCAACUGAGUUUUGCCACCAGAUUUGCAGGGUGGUCCUGUAUGCCUAUAUGAGUUAGGUGCGAGGAAGGAAGAACAUAUGAGCCAAGGAAGAACAUAUGAGCCAUUCAGAUGUCCUGGAGCCUUCUGCCAAAUGGAGUGGUUGCUGCUGCUUUGGGGAGCAAAGGGCACUCUUUCAGAGAAGCGUUGUUCCACUUAGCAAAUGCUGGAAGAUUUUUCCUGAAGAGCUGCAAGCUGAAGUCACUUGGAAUUCCUGUAAUAAGUGGAAGGUGGUAAAGCUGUUGCUGUAACUGUUGCUGUAGUCCCUGGACCAAAGGUACUUGCUAAAGUAAUCUCAGUCUUACAGGGCCUUGGGACAUGCCCUUUUAACCUUUCUGCUGGCUGUUUCCUGAAGCUGUGAAUGAAGUGGGGUUGAGGGUGAAGGAUCUUGAUCGAUAGUUGUUGGGCAUUAAGAGGCAUCUUUGGUGUGACGCAGAGCAAGAGGCAGAUAACUGAGGAUACUUCUGAGAUGGCAUCUGAUCUCUCAGCAAGCUUGCUUGCAGCUGCCUCCUCUCCCUGGGAUGCCCGUGGAAACACAGCAUUUCAGAAACAGUAAAAGGAGAAAUGAUAUCUCUUACUGCAUUUCUGGGCUUGGCACUGGCUGUAAUACCCGUGGCCCUUCACAUCCUGAUCUGCUGUUUCAUCCACCACAGCAGCUGCAAAGAGUUUGCAUUUCAUAGUGGAGUUUGUUUGCCCUAAGUGAUGCUGCAAACUCUUGUUGCGAAGGAUCUUUCCUCCCAUGUUAGGUAAAGGAACAUGUAUUCCUGCAAAUGCUCCGUCGUGCAACAGUGAGGUCUGAAAACAUGAUGCUGUGUGUGGCCUGGGUCUUCUGAUCGGCCUGUUGAUCUGCUGAGGUCAGUGCCCUGUGAGCUGGAUGCAGUCUUUCAGGAGCUGUUAAGACUUUGUUCUUGCCCUGCAGAAUGAUCUAUGUCCUUGAAUUAGACACAGUCAUGUGGAUCUUAAAGCAGCCUUGAAAAAUCCUGAUUGUCUGCCUCUGCCAAGUGUUGCUACAAAGGGUGCUAACAAAUCCUGGCCUCCCUUUCUUAACUGUCACCUCUGGCCUCUGCUUCAGUCUUGGAAACAAGUGGGUUGUUUUGCUUUUUUUUUUUCUUUAAAAGAAAAAGGAUUUUGACUUCUGGAUGAAACCAGUAACUGAGCUUCACAAUCUGUAGAAAUACCUCAUCGGACACUACGUGCUACUGACUGCUGCGUGUCAGGGGCGGUGGAUAUCAGGAAAGGGUAACUGCCCUCAAGACAUGCUGCGUGGCAUAUCUUGACCCUCGGUGAAACCUGAGCUAAUGCAGUCUGCAACUGAUGAGCCCUGUCCAUGAGAGGGGUGAGGCAUUCAUCCCCCUAUAGCCACUGCUGUACUCCCUUCCCUCUGCUGAAGAUCUACAGCUCAUACCAAGUUACCAGUGUAGCCUGCAAAAAAUGCAGUUGCUCAGACUAAGAAACGCACAGCAAAUUGGGCGAAUGUUGGAAAAAAGCAUCCAUGUACUUGUGCAUAUGAGACUCUUCAUUCAGCAAUAUCAAGGCACUUGGCCCUGUUGAAUCUUGACUGUUCUGUGCACUGAGGAUUUGAAUAUUCCAAUUUUUUCAUACACUGGAAAGGAAAAUCUUCCUGAGAGCCAAGAGUGAUCUGACAGCUCAAGCGUCUGAAUUUGUGCCAGUGAAGCAACAACGUGCCCAGUGCAAUUGUCUCCUCUAAAGCUUUCCUCCAAAAAAAAAAAAAAAAGCACCUUUGGAGGUACAGAUAUGAGGGAUGUGGGCCGGUGUGUGUGGAAGAGCGAUUGUGUUCCGCUGGCCAUGCGGAGUACAAGAAGCUGUAGCAGCUGUACAAGACCUGGGAGGUUGGUGAACCUCCCUGUUGGCAAGGGGAGUGAAGCUGUCCCUCUCACCAGCAUGAUGGUGGCAACGGCAUUUUCACUCCUUCCUUCCUAGUUCUGAUGUAGAAAGAUGCAAGCUGGGUUUGGGGAGGGAGAACAGCCAAACUGAGGGAGGAAGACUAGGGGGAAACUUGGACUUGCCAGACACUGGAAAUCUGCGCAGAGCCCGUCUCUGCCAUCACUGGAAUUGUGAGGGAGCUGAGAGCCUUCUGGGGCGUAAGUAAAAACACACAAAACUGCUCCAUGGUGGUGAUUGGUUUGGAGAGAAAUGCUGUGUGCUGCUCUUGCACUUCCACUCAUGGUGGCUUUUUAAUGCUCCACUUCCCUAAAUACGCGUAAAGCUUGAUGUGACUACUGA